AUGCUAUUCGUGCACCAGCCGCCGCGGAUGUGGCAAGACCAGCGAAGUGCCACAGCGACGCCCAACCUUAGAGCAACCGCAGGGGGCGAACGGCCGAGUCGAUCUAGCAAAAGAGCUGGCAGCGCCACACAAGGCCGACGACCGAGCAGCGCUGUGGGCUCUGGUGGGGAGACGCUCCACCGGCGGCAUGGAGAACGAGGUUCCUCCUCCCGACCCGGUUCCGCGAGCUCGGGAAGUGCCCGGUUUAUUGGCAGUGUCCUUCGCGCCACAUCGCCGCCUGGGAGUGCAAGGUCCCAAACCCCGGUCUUCGUCACAGCCACCACCAGCGAUGGUACCCAGGUGCCGCUUCGAGUUUCCUCGGCGGGCCGAUCCAACCCAAAUCGGCCAAGGACGCCUUCCAGCUCCUCGCAGCGAAGGGCCAACCAGAGUGGCUCCUCCCCACCUGUUAGGGAGGGCAAGGACACCGGUACCGGGUCCACUCCCCUUCGCCCAGAGAGCGCAUCGGAUAGCCACAGCCCGGCAAAGGGCAAUGGUAGCCUCACCACGGUCAUCUCAUCCGCUUUGGAUUACAAGCGGUUUCUGGAUCGGCGUAAGCAGAUGAUCCAGCAGCAGGUAGAGACAGCGCAGCAAGCAGACCACGUUCAGAAGAACGACGCGGAGGGAGAGGAGACGCAACCGACACGGCAAGCAGGCUGGAAUGCACGCGCGACGGGCCCGGUCAAGGCAAGCCAUGCCGUGGCGGUUCCACCUUCCGCUGCCGUGCCAGCGGUGAGCCCCAAGCGGCCGUCUUCCACAACGCCAACGAAAGCCAGCGGGGAGGAGAGCCCAACAGAGGACUCCGGGACGCCCGGAUCGGCAAGAAGUACCUCGCCGGCGCACCUCCUGCGCCGUGUUUGUGUGAUGCCAGAGAAGCAACGUGCUCAGACCCCCACUUCACGUGCCACCCAAAGUGCGGCGACGGCCGCACCAGGUGUAGACUCCGACAGCGUCGGCCGUGUUUCUCGUGUGUCAUUGCCAGCUGGCGCUGGCGUUCAGGCAUGUCGAAGCCUGGGGCAGGGCGAGCAGAAGGGCGAGAUCGUCGGGGGUUUCUCCAAAGAGGCAACCGAGACCACUGGCGAAGUCUCCGGCCGCAAGCAGCGUGACUCCUUCGAUGUGCUUUUGAAGGACGACAUGAGCGAUGGGCGUCCGAGCACCAGCCUCACAGGGAGUUCCCUGGACGACUACAUCGUGGGCAAGCAAAUCGGGCAGGGCGCAUAUGCGACGGUCGCCUUUGGGCUCCAUAAGGAGACGAGCAAGAAGGUGGCCAUCAAGAUCUACGAGAAGUACAAGCUCCUCGACCCGCAACGGCGGAAAAGCGUCCGUUGCGAGAUCCGGCUUAUGGAGCGGUUGAGACACCCGAACAUCGUGGAGUUUCACGAAGCUUUGGACACGCCCAAGCAGAUCUACCUGAUCAUGGAUUUCGUUUCGGGGGGGUCGCUGCACCACUUUUUGAAGAAGCGACCCAAUCGGCGCACCGACGACCCGUUGGCAAAGCGCCUUUUCUUCCAGGUGUGCCAGGGCAUCAAAUACCUACAUGAUCGCCACAUCGUCCACCGCGACGUGAAGCUCGAGAAUUUGCUCUUGGAUGAGCAGGGAGCUGUGAAGAUCAUCGACUUUGGCUUCUCCACCAUCGUCCCACCGGGGAAGAAGUUGAAGGUCUUCUGUGGCACUCCCUCCUACAUGGCUCCAGAGAUUGUGGCCAGGAAGGAGUACACAGGCUUUUGCGCGGAUAUCUGGGCCAUGGGCGUUCUGCUCUAUGCCCUCCUUUGUGGUAGCUUCCCCUUCCGCGGGCAAAAUGACCGCGACCUCUACCGGAAAAUCGUACGAGGAGUGUUUCACAUCCCAGAAUUCGUUGGUGAUGGUGCCAAGGCCAUGGUGCAGCGUGCGCUGACCGCCGAUAUGGCCAGACGGCCUACUGUGGAGGACUUGCUGUCUGACCAGUGGCUGUCGGCACAUCGGGAGGACUCACAUGCCAGCAAGGGUAGCACCAGCUACCAGCCCAAUAGCUCAACAAGCUCGACGUUCACAACCACGGCGCCCUCGAGCACCGGCCAGAGUGCGCGUGAAAGCUCCGGAGACAGUCCUCGCUCACGCUAUGCCUGCCCACCUCCUGCACCACCGCUUCUAACCGGAGCUGGAGAUCAUGAGGAGAAGUCGACCGGUGCCACGGGAGGUUCCACGCCCCAUCCACAUCGAAGCGAGGCCGACAGCGCCAAGGCCAUGGAGCCCUCGGUGACUCGUGUGGCCACUGCUGGGUCGCAGGCUUCUGAGGGAAUGAUCUCGGAGGAGCGAUACAACAGAAGAGUCGAAGAAGAGGCCAUCAGCAAGCUCGAGCGGCUGGGAUAUCCCCGUUUCCGUGGCAGCACUUAUCUUCUCAUGGGCUGGGUGGGCAACCUUGGCAACCUUGCAUCAAAAUUGUGGUACAUUGUACACAUGUCUACAGUAAUCAAGGAAGAACACUGCUAG